AUGGGGCUUUACCAGGGACCGCGGCUCUUGGACUUUGCAAAGACCCCUUCUCACCUUCAGUUCAACAAAUACGUCCUGACGGGUUACCGGCCAGUGUCCACGGCUCAGGAGUGUCUCAGGAGCCUCUUUUACAUGCACAAUGAGCUGGGCAACAUCUACACCCACGGCAUUCCUUUCUUCCUUUUCUUGGUGCUGCUGCCUUUCAGUAUCCCCUGGAUGGAGGUGGACAACGUCUGGAUAUGUAUAGUCCACUACCUGGCCUGCCUCAGCCCCACCGUUGGCUCAGUGGUCUACCAUGUUUUCAUGAACCACGUGGGAGGAGAAUAUGUGUACGACACCCUGCUCUCCCUGGACAUGUUCGGGGUUUGUCUAGUCAACACCCUGGGGGCCAUUCCCAUCAUUUACAUCACCCUUCUUUGCUACCCAACCGUGCAACAGACUGCCUUGCUGGCCUACAUCCUCCUGUCAGCCUACGGGAUCUACUGUGCCACCACGGCCCGCACCAACGUCCUGCGUCUGCGAGCCUUUGCCUGGCAGGGUUUAUUUCGCUUUAGCCUCUUUCUGUUCCGGGUGUACGGCAGCGGGGUGGGCAGCCCAAACUCCCUGCGUCUCUUCGUCAUCAUGGACUCUCUAGCUGUGGUAGGAGGUGUAGUUAACAUCAUCCAGAUCCCGGAGCGCUUCAGCCCGGGCCUGUUUGACAACUGGGGCAACAGCCACCAGAUAAUGCAUGUCAUGGUUAUAUGUGCAAUUAUCUACCUGCACUGGGGCACCCUGGAGGAUUUAGCCUGGAUUAAGUCCUUCCAGUGUCCUACUGAGUGA